AUGAAUUCUGAUGAACUACAGGAAACAAUCCAUGAAAUUAAUUUUGAUGAACCUCAAGAAACCAUCCAUGAAAUUAACUCUAAUGAAUUUCAAGAAAUUAUCCAUUCAAAUGUAUCUCAAGAAAUUAUUUGUGAAAUGAAUUCUGAUGAACUACAGGAAACAAUCCAUGAAAUUAAUUUUGAUGAACCUCAAGAAACCAUCCAUAAAAUUAAUACUCUUAUUCCACAAAAUAAAAUAGAAAAAAGGAGGAAUGAGCUUAUUGAGCAUGUAAAAAACUUGCCUGAGAGCCAGAUAAUCAAUGCUUAUACUCUGUUUUCCACAAUGACAUAUAAUAAAGGGAACCAUUGUGGAGAAAUAUAUUCAUCUUAUAUUCAAAAAAAGGCAAAAGAAUUUGUAAAUAGCAGCAUUUAUAAACAAUCUUCAUCAAUAUCCCUCAAAAUGAAAGAGGUGAAAGCUAAAGAAACAAAAAAGAAUCAUGUCUCUAAAUUACGUCAAUCUAUACAAAAAACAAAACAAAUUACUCCUAAUCAACUUCAGAAUGCUAUAAAAAAGAUGAUAAAAGAAAAUAAGAAACAAUAUACACCUGAGUUUGUAGAGCUUGUAACCAAAAUCAGUAACACUGGUAGUAUUUCCAUUUCAUCCACUGUUGAAUGCACUAGAGCAAUUAUGCAAUUUUUAACAGGUGAGAAACCAGAUCAUUGGCUUUCAACUGGAACUAUUUCACAUUGGAAUAAAGAAGUUGCUACUUUGUGUCUUCAUCAGAAUUGUCCUAAAGAUACCAAGUCACUCUUUAAAUUUUUAACUGGAUUUGACACUGUACUUCGAAUAGCUAAUGAAGAUGAAACUAAGUGCUUACCUUUGGGAAACCGUGCACAUGAGAUGCCAGACCAAGUUUUCAUUUGGAUAGAUGAACUUGAAAAAGCAGCAGAAAAUCCAGAAUUAAUUUUCAAAGAAGAGUUUGAGAAUGCUCAAAAUAAAUUUGCAUGA